AUGUUUUUCAUUGGGUCUAUUUCUUUGCUCUUUGCACUGAUCUACUGUUCCAUUCCAGUCGCGUCGCAACAAGUUGUUGAUUACGACGCCUUACCUUCCGACACCAUCUUUCCUGGUCCAUGGGAAAGCAACAUUCGAGCACCAUUGAACAAAUCCCAUAUUGUCCCUUCAAAGAUCUUCAACUUUGAAGGUGCUGUCUCAGGUCAGGAGAGUAUUCUGCAAGAUGCGGAUGCUGCAAGUGGGAUUUCGUGGGUAAUUCGCACUGGUGGACUUAUUACCUUUGAGUUCGAGGAGAAUAUUUCUGGACGUGUGUGCUUCGACGUCGAUUCAGUAAAGAAUGAUCCCUACCUUGUCCUUGCUUAUUCUGAAUCUCCCUUCUUUGCGGGCAGAGAACCGGAUGCUACGAAUGAUCAGCUAGCUCGAGACCUACCAUUACUAUUUCCUAUAACACAUACUGGAGUGAACUGCGUUGCGCCUGGAUAUAAUAGAGGUGGCUAUAAAUACUUGACCGUAUAUGUUCCCGAAAAUGAUAUCCCGACCGAGGGUGGCUUCUGGCAUGAAGGAUUGAAGAUUCCAACGAGAGCAUUGGAAAAGAAGACAGAGCCAUGGUACUCCUCAAUUGGUCAGAAAAUUUUAAACUGGCAGGAGCCAGUGUUGGACUCGAAGAAUAAAUCUCAAAUAGAAGUUUCCAUUUCAGCAGUGUGGGUCAACUGUACCGCCUUUCCAUCUCACCCAAAUGGCAGGGCAUAUACUGGUUAUUUCGAUAGCUCAUCGACUCUUCUGAACCGCGUCUGGUAUGCAGGUGCAUGGACUUUGCAACUUUCGACCCUGGAUCCACAAGAAGGCGGAUCCAUCAUUGAGUUUAAUCGGCGGUUCGACCAUAACACUGCACCAGUAGGAGCGUGGUACUCGAAUUAUACCAUAGCUAAUGGCUCUGUAGUCACAACCGAUGGAGCGAAGCGAGAUCGCAUGGUCUGGCCUGGUGAUAUGACAAUUGCGGUUCCAGGCAUAGCUGUAACAACAUACGACAUGCUUGCAAUACGUAAUGCGCUAAACACUAUUUAUGAUCAUCAGUAUAGUGAUGGUGGUAUGCCAUACGCAGGUCCUCCGAUGGGUGCGCUUCACGAGUUUAGCGAUACCUAUCAUCUACAUACAUUGAUUGGAACGUACGAGUACGUCCUCUACAGUGGUGAUCUUGCCUGGCUUAAGGAGAGGUGGUCCUGGUAUAAACUAGCUCUCGAUAUUAGCAUUGCAAAGGUUGAUAAUCUCAACCUGCUGCAUGUCACCUCAAUAUUUGAUUGGAUUCGCCCAGGAAUGGGCGGACACAACGUGGAGGCAUCAUCUAUCCUGUAUGAGGUACUUGGAAAUAGUAUCAAAUUGGCAGAAUGGGUGGGCGACAAGAAGACGGAGACAAGUGGAGAGCAGUGGGCGGCUACAAAAACGAGGCUAGCUAAAGGGAUUGCCACGAUGUAUUGCCCUGCUGAUACUCUCUUUUCGGACAACAUAGAAGAGCGCUCAUGCACAGCACCUGGAAAGGUUACACCGCAAGACGGAAACAGCUGGGCGCUAAUCUCGAAAGCUACUACAGGUGUACAAGCACACAAUGUCUCGGAAAGCCUUAGGAAACGUUGGAUUAAGUACGGAGCUCCUGCUGUCGAGUUCCCCAACGUCAUAUCCCCCUUUGCUUCAUCGUUCGAACUCCUUGGCCAUGCUUCGGCUGGGAAUCACGAUGCAGCAGUUGAGCUUAUGGAGCUGAUGUGGGGAUAUAUGCUUGAUGGGCCUGGUAUGACCAACUCGACAUUGAUCGAGGGGUAUCGCAUUGAUGGUUACGUUCAUUAUCCCGCAUAUUGGUCCGCUGCCAGAAACUCGCACGCCCAUGGCUGGUCGGCCGGACCUACCACCGUGCUAAGCCAGGGAAUACUGGGUAUUGAGUUACUCUCUCCACUCGGCAAGACUUGGAAAAUUGAACCCCAUCUUACAAAAUGGCUCAGUUACGCUCGUGGAGGCUUUGCGACCAAGCUUGGCAAGUUUGAAGUAUCAACAACGCGUCUAAUUCGUGUGUCUGAUGGUCGAAAGGUAGAAGGUUUGAAUGUGACAAUACCAAGUGGAACAUCCGGCAUAAUUAAAUGGCACGAUCUGGAGCAAGUUAUCACAUCGCAUACUGCUCAGACUCUGUCAUUCCUACAAGAGGCUCGGUUAUCUGAUGAUGAUGAUGUUCGCACAACUCAAGUUCAUAACUUCAAUUGGUCGGAUUAUGUACAUGAUGAUUCCUGGGUCAGACCAACUGUAGAAGAGAGGCCAGAAGCAGUCGUUGACUGGGAGGCUUUGGAAGAAAACUAUCAUCUUAACGAUAAAAAGUAUGUUUCUUUGAGAAAGUAG